AUGGACAAGAAGGCAUCCAGUGAUCUACAUAGCUUGGAAAACAUGGAGCUAGAAGAGAUAUCCAGCAAAAUAUCUGAUCUAGACAAGUGGAGAAAGAUCUUUAGUUGUCAUGGGUAAGUUUUUUUUUAAAUUCCUACUUAAUUCUUGCAUGUGCCUCUUGGUAGGUCAUUUUUAAGGUUGCAAUCCUAUGAAAUCACAUUCCGUGGAAUUUGGUGGGGCUUACUUUUGAGUAGGGAUGGAAGGCUCUGUCCAUCUUCGUUCCCUUGAUUUCCCAUUUUUCCUAUUUUGAAUUCAGUUCUCCACAUUUCUGCAGCGAUUUCUAGAUUUUUCCUUUUUUAAAAAAAAAAAAUCCCCAUGAAAAUGGAUCAGCCUGUUAUCAGACAUUUUUCCUGAUAAACAUAUAUUUGCUUGAAGCUUUGUCUAAUGUACACAUUUUGGCAAGCGAUUGCCCCAACAUGCUACAUUUUUGUAUGCUACUUUCACUAAUAUUCAUUUUUAUGCAUCUAUUAAUUCCACUAAUGUAAAGGUAAAGGACCCCUGGAUGGCUAAGUCCAGUCAAAGGCGACUAUGGGGUGUGGCGCUCAUCUUGUUUUUCAGGCCAAGGGAGCCGGCGUUUGUCCAGAGUGCACGAAAAUGCCGUUUACCUUCCCGCCGCAGCAGUACCUAUUUAUCUACUUGCACUGGUGUGCUUUUGAACUGCUAGGUUAGCAGAAGCGGGGACAGAGCAACGGGAGCUCACCCCGUUGUGGGGAUUCGAACCGCUGACCUUCCAAUCAGCAAGCCCAAGAGGCUCAGUCGUUUAGACCACAACGCCACCCACUCCCUAAUUCCCUUAAUGUAUGCAUUUUUGUAAACAUGUGUAAGAGAUUGCAAAAUUCAAAAAAGUGAGAAUUUCAGAGGAUGACUGUGGUGCGGUUCUCAUAUUGCUUCUAAUUUAAUAGAUUUGACUUUAAAUGUGAACCGUGUCUAAUUUCUCCCCCAUCCCUACUUUUGAGUAAACAUACAUAGAAAUGGAAUGCCUAGGAUAUGCUUGUGUGACAGAAGGGUUGGUGGCACACACUAGGGUUUGUUGGGGGGGGGGUUGGUAGAGUCUUUGCUAGAUUUGCACUUUUAGCAAAUCUUGUUUGUUUUUUAUUUUUCAGAUUGGAAAUCAGCCGCGCCACCCAUCAGGUAACUUCCUCCCAUCUUAUUUCCCAGGGUUGUGAUCUUGCCAGCAGCAACUGCUUUUAAAAAGAUUGCUGCUGUAUGAAAGAAAUGCAGGUGAUGACACGUCUAAAACAAAUCCAGCAAACUGUAGAGAAGGCAUUUCUGGAAGUGUCUUCCUACACAGGUUUAACUCAGCUUAACUACAGUGGUACCUCGGGUUAAGUACUUAAUUCGUUCUGGAGGUCCGACUUAACCUGAAAUUGUUCUUAACCUGAAGCGCCACUUUAGCUAAUGGGGCCUCCUGCUGCCACCGCGCCGCCGGAGCACAAUUUCUGUUCUCAUCCUGAAGCAAAGUUCUUAACCUGAAGCACUAUUUCUGGAUUAGCGGAGUCUGUAACCUGAAGCGUAUGUAACCUGAAGCAUCUGUAACCCGAGGUACCACUGUACUUCCAAACGAAUUUUAGAGAAACGUUCAUGAUUGGAUUCCCUGUGACAUAGAAUACCGACAGUAUACUGCAGAAGCGCUGCUGUGCAUGCAGAAAGUGCCAAAUUCAAUCCCUGGCAUCUCUAGGUAGGUCUGGGGGAGAUGGGACCACUGUCUGAAAUCCUGGAGAGCCACUGCCAGUCAGUGUUAGCAAUAUGUAGCUAAGUGGACUGAUAGGUUGUCUCAGUAUAAGGCAGUUUCUUAAGUUCCUAGGUUCGUUCUAUCUAUCUAUCAUCUAUAUCUAUCUAUCUAUCUAUCUAUCAUCUAUCUAUCAUCUAUCUAUCUAUCUAUCUAUCUAUCUAUCUAUAUCUAUCAAAAUCAAGCUUUUAUUUAUCAAUUUUCAAACACAAGAAGAGCCCUGCUGGACCAGGUCAGUGUUUCCUUCACUCCAGCAUCCUGUUCCCACAGUGCUUUUAACCCAAUGCCUACAGGAAGCCUGCAAACAAGACAUGAGUGCAACAGCACUCUGCCGCAACUGGUAUUCAGAGACAUACUGCCCCAGCAGUGGAGAUAAAAACAUGUCAAACCUAUAUUAAAACAUAACAUCAAUAUAUUUGUUUCUAUAUAACUUUUGCAUGCCCUUUAUGCAGUCUUUGCAGUCCUCCCUUGUCCUUUUAUUUUCCCAUUUAGGUCUGCCAUUUUGCACGCACGCACACCCAGACACUUUGGUCACGUGUCUUUGGCAUAGGCUGACACCAGAGGCAGAUUUAGGGCAAAGUGCUCCCCUGCUGGCACCAGGGGUGCCAACCUGACUAAAGUAUUUGGGGGAGGGGGCAGGUAAGCCCCGCUCCACAUGACCACAAGACACGGUGCACACACAUAAUUUGACUGGCAAUGUCCAUCCACUUGGCGGUGGAGGGGUGGCCCCGUCAAAUAUUUUAUGGGGGGCAAAGGGACCUCAGCCCCUAGGAGUUGGCUCCUAUGGCUGGCACACACUAAUUUAAAUGGCCUCGGUCCAGUAUACCUGAAGGAGCGUUUCCACACCCAUCAUUCUGCCCAGACACUGAGGUCCAGCGCCGAGGGCCUUCUGGCGGUGCCCUCAUUGUGAGAAGUGAAUUUACAGGGAACCAGGCAGAGGGCGUUCUCGGCAGUGGUGCCCGCCCUGUGGAACGCCCUCCCAUCAGAUGUCAAAGAGAAAAACAACUACCAGGCUUUUAGAAGACAUCUGAAGGCAGCCCUGUUUAGGGAAGCUUUUAAUGUUUAAUAGACUAUUGUAUUUUAAUAUUCUGUUGGAAGCCACCCAGAGUGGCUGGAAAACCCAGCCAGAUGGGUGGGGUGUAAAUAAUAAAUUAUUAUUAUUAUUAUUAUUUUACAAGCGACCCUUUCCGCACCACUUAGCUCCCAUCAGGAAAUGCCUCAAUGCCUUACAUUUUGCGAACAAGAUGGCAGUCCUCCCUGCAGUGCCUGUGAUAUGAGAAUCACCGAGUAGAAUGGGAGUUAUGAGGUCACCUAGUGCAACUCCUUGCUCAGUGUGGGAUCUGCAAAGCAGGCUGCAACUACAGUACCAUCCAUCCCCCGCUUCAAUAUGCUGCCAGAGAGAGGUCCACCAAGGAAGUCCAAUGGAAUUUAUUUACUGUAUAGGAAAAUUUUCUGGAUGAUGAACUUCCCUGUUAUUUCUGCCCUUCGUGCCCUCUGAAGCAUCAAGGAACGAGUCCGGUCUCUUUUCUGCAUGGCUGUCCUUCAGAUACUUGAAGACAGCCAUCAUGUCUCCCUUUGACCGUAUCUUCCCUAGGCAAAACAUACCCAGCCAUUUGAGCCAUUCAUAGGACUUGCAAUAACCCCUUUAGGAACAGGCAAAUUAUGCUCAGUGUAUUAGCAUGUCCUUGUAUUUCUCCAUGUAUGUAUUAUUUUCCUGGCAGCAACUGCUCAUGCUACAUCAGAAGUCACUUCAUAUGGUUCUCCCAGGUUUUUAGCCUUCUUCAGCAAUGUCAUGGGGAACUGCUUUCCAAAUGGAGAGAAGGCUCAGAAUUCCUACUGUACACUUCAUGUAAGAUGCCCAGCUGACCAAAAGCAGCCAGAGCCUGUGCCUUUAAUGGCAGCUUGAUCUGCAAUAAUCACAGCAACAGCAAUGAGAUAAAUAUAAUCUGAUCAAGCAGCUGUUAACUGCACAGGAGCAGAGACCAUUAGAAUGUUGGCAAACCUCUCUGUGUCUGUUUUUUGGGAUGUCUGUAUUUGUACUCUGCUUCCCCCUAUGCUCAAACUGGUUUACACCAUAGACAGCACACAAGCAAUCUAUUUAAACAUUUCCCUCUUCUUUUAUCAUUGAGAGGUGGUUGCUUUUCAAGUAAUCCAUUUCCCUGCGUGGAUUGCUGCUACCUGAGAUGAGCAACAGUGUGUUUUGAAAUUCUAUUCAUUUAAAUAUAUCAAACUAGUAAGCAUCUACGUAAAUGGAACAAAUGUUGAUAGAAUGGAUGUAUAUUUCAGAAAGUGUGGCAAAAUAGUUGGCCACACAGCUCACCAGCAACUCCUCUACAUUUUGAAUCAUCUAUAUAUGCCAUAUAAGCUUCAAACAGGUAGAAUUACUAUCUGCUUCCUGGAGUUUCAUAUAACAAAAUUAAAUAGCAAUAAUGCAACACAAAGUUAGGUUUGCUAUGGCAGCUGAAACCAGGGAAUGCAACUGAAUUUUGAAAUAAAAGAAUGCAUUAAAUGAAGAAUAAACCUGUGGUAGAAAGGAAUAGAUUUAUGGAGUGAAAUGCAAAAAUGGUUUUAGUGGACAAAUGACACAAAUUAAAAUUAACUAAGAAAUGUAUUUUUUUUCUAGUUUUCUUCCAAUGUUUGUAACGAUUAGCACAUUUAACUUUCCAGGCCAUCUGUUGCCACCCCAUAUUGUCCUUACACAUUUUUACCCAAAUCCCAGUUGUUAACAAUUAAAUGGCAAUCAUUCAUUAACCUUGCAAUCCAAUAUAUGUAAGUCCCAUUGAAUUCAUACUACUAUGAAACAAUGUAUUUCCAGAGGAAUCCCGUCAUCUCACAUAUCCAUCACAUAUGGAUGUCAGUCCCUUGCAUGCCACUCUCAGCAUAUAUUCCUGGAAUUAGAGUAGAUCUUGACAAAUAUAUUAAAAAGGCAAAACGUAAAUUGAUGUUCCUUUAAGUAAACCCAAAAUGAACAAGCAGCUCAUUUCAUAUAACUCUCCAACCAUCUCCAAAAAUUUCAAGAAACUCAUUCAUGUAAGUUCUUUGCAUGAAAAACAGCACCCGUCUACUCGGGGGGGGGGCCACGGAAUUCCACUAAGUUCACAUUUAGAGGUGAACCUUAUAUGGGAGGCGAACCUUAUAUAAUGCAAUCCUUCAACAUUCACACUUUUCUGAAUUUUACAAUGCAGUUCUCCAGCCAAGUAAUGUGUACAAAAAUGCUUACACUAAGAUAGAGUAUGCAUAAAAAUGCAUUAUAUUCGGUUAAACUGAUUUGCAGAUAUAUAUGCACAGCAAAACUGCAUACAAACGUUAGAAGAAAUUUGCACUAAAUCAGCGUUUUUUAUUUAAAAAAAUGCAAUCCGAAAAAUGAGAAAUUGAGAGAAUCUGACACUGACAGUUUUGUCCCACCCUAGUGGGACAAUGAAAGGGAGAAUAAAAAUAGAACAACUAUUCACUUCAAUAUUUCUUUUACCAAGGCAGGGUUCAUGCCUUUAUUUCCAAAACCUUUCCUAGUGCUGCAAUUUGGACAAGAGCCAUUUAAUUUCUAAACCAGAAGGAGAGCUCCUGUUCUUUGGUAAUCCAGGAAACUGAGCCAAGGCAGUUCUCCUUCCAAGUGUCACUAUCACUAGGUAAUUUUGCCUGUGACUACUUUCGGUCUAUUGGAAGCUAUGGAAAACAGAACAGCACUGCAGCAGGUCAAAAGAUGGGUAGAUUCCAAGUUGAGUUACAUAGAAAUAUUGCAGGAAGAAGUUAAGAAGAGUCAACUAGUAAGUACGAAAAAUAUUUGCUUGAUUUUUUUGCCAAAAGAAAACAAUCCUUUCUUGCUGGGAGUUUGAAUUGUUUUGGGCUGUGUCAUGCACCACGGACGACAAAAGCAAUGCUUUGAAAAGAAACAUUGCGUUGAGGGUGACUCUGAAGUAACAUCAACAUCUCAGUCCAGGACACCUCCCUGCAUUUACCUGGAAGUAAGUCCCAAUGGUUUCAGUGGAAUUCACGUAUAAGGAAAUAUGCUUACUAACACAACAGGUAUAAAAUGGCUAACUUUGUAAGCUGUAGUCUCUGCAAACCUACUGGCACUUGUUGCCUUUAAACACCUUGCACUGUUUUUAAAUGAUGUAUAAACUUAUGUGCACCGAAAAGAGAAUUAUAUUCUUGACACGCUGGUUUGAAACAAUAUUGAAACCUUUCGUCUCCUUGCAGAUACAAACCAUGUUAUGGGACGGGGUUUUGUGCAGUUCCUUCAUUUUAGGAGAAUGUUUGCUAUAAAAAAAAAGUCAGAAAAGGUGGAGCCUGACACGAACGUAUUUAGGGAUAUGCCAUACAGCUUGGUUUCUGUUUGUUUAUAUUGUUUAUCUAGAAGUGCCAAGACCACAAAUCGGAGGACGACAAAGAGGACGCAGCUGCAGCGUCGCAAAUGACAAACCCCCUAAAACAAAGCCGUUUCCCAUCCAAUAUUCUUUACUCGAUUCCCAAAGCUCUCAUCGUCUCAUCGAACCUCGGAGGGCGGCCCAUCUCACUGGAAAUGGCAGUGGUAAGCGGACCUUGUCAAUUAAGUAUGAGAUGAAACUUAAUCUCGCCAGAAUUAAAGAGACACAGAAAUCUUAUCCAGGAGCACUGUUGGAAUCAAGGCUGCAGUUGGCUGCUGUCAGAAAUAAUUUAAAAGGGAUAUAGUGGGGAUUGGCUGUUUGGAAUGGUUUUCAAGGCUGCUACUGGCCCCUGAAUGUACACAACAGAUCCUGCACUAGGUAUUAAGCAAUACAGAUAUGAUGUGAUAUUUAACUUCCUUGUUCCAAUUCUACUGGUGGCUCGCUGUGUUGUAUCCAGGGCUAGAGGAGAAAUUCAAGCCCUAAACAACAGUGUCAGAGAGCCAGUCAAACGCUGCCUCUGAAAAUGGCUCCAUUUGUGAAUAGCCAUUGAUCGAUAGACUUCCUGACAGACAACUUCCCACAAAUUUAUCUAAUUCUUUCUUAAAGCCAUCCAAGCUGGUUGCCAUCGCUGCAUCUUGUGGCAGCAAAUCCCAAUAAUUAAUUUUGUUUUGCGUGAAGAAGUACUUACUUUGAUCUGCCCCAAAACUGCUGCCAGUUAAAUUAGUCGGGUGACCUAGAGUUCUGGUUUUAUCAGAAGUCAUCACUUUCUUCACAACUGCUUAGGUGAGCUGUAGUAGAAAACCUGUCCCAAGCAAAUUUUUAUUAAGAAGCACUAAACAUUCUCCUUGAUUCUGUUUUCCUCAAAGCACAUUGGGAACCAUUUAUGCAGCCAUCUUUUGUGCAAAAUGGGUGUGGGUGUUAUUAUUAUUCUGUUUACUUAUUUAUUUACUUACUGGUUACAACUUGGUAACCAGUUGUUGGUUACCAAGUGACUUGCAUUUAAAAACAUAAACACCAAUACAUUAUACCAUAAAAGAAAAAAGAAAGAAAAGUCAUAUAAAAAAAUAAAAGUAUGCUUAUAGUUCAAAUUAUAGUAUGUUUAUAGUUCAUAUCUCUCCAUAGUUGUCCUUUCUGUAAACUGAAAUGUCCCAAAUACAUUAAUAUUAACAAUGCUUCAACUAUACAUUGGAGGUUCAUGAGCUGCAGUGAGAUGAUUUGUGAAAAGCUUGCAGGACAUGCAAGUAUAUUUCUACUACUUGCCCCUGCACUUGAUUCAUAUUUUUUUCCUCGCCACUGAUGAUGGAGACUGAGGACAUUUUGACCAGGGCCAGAUUAUCAAGAAAGUUAACAAGACCCUGCCUGGAGGCUAUGAUUCUCAUAUUGCACCACUGGCUUUGACAAUGAAACUGUAAAGAUGGUUUCAGAAUAUGAAUUUAUGUAUGUGCUCUGAUUUGUAGUACAAAUACAAUUUCAAGUGAUCUGCCAAGAACCACAGUGAUUUUCAUGUCAUCCAUGGAGAAAGGGGUGACAUUUAAGAACAGUCGCCUUAACUGUUCCUCAUUCGGAAAGUGGUUCAGUUCCCUGAUCAUUGUGGUAAAUGCCUGUUUCGUUCAGAGGAAGCCAAGAAUAUUAGCUUUCUUUUAAUAAAGACCAUAUUUUUGUUGCUGUUUAAUUAUUACCAUUUCAAGGGACUACGGAGGAUGUUAUUUGGAAGCACAUAUCAAGUCUUCAGCUAUGAAUGGAAAAGAGCAUAUUUCAGAUUCCACGAGCCUUAUACUGAUUUGGCCUAUGCACUGGAGACAGAUAAGGUAAUAAUACCUGGCAGCCAUUUUUAUACUGGUAAUCGUGCAGCAUGGAUCAGACCAAUCCCAGCCCAGUCAUGUACUCCCUGGAUGUUCAAGGGCAAAAUCACAGUCUAUCUGCUUCAGUUGACCCCUGUUUAAAGUGGCUAUUGGCGUUGCCUCCUUUGCAGGAUGGUGAUAAUGUAAGUGGAUUGUAAACCCCUUUCCUUAUCAAGGGAGUUAUACCAGGUAUCAAACAGAAGUGACAUAGAGCUGGUUUACACAGCAGCAUAUGACUUGCCCUCAACCUCCAUAUGUACAGAAGCUUCCAAUUGCCUAAAACAGCUAUAUGCUCUGAAAGUUGCCAUAGUAGGCCCCAACCUAGCCUUAAUACAGCUGCCCUGCUGUAUUAAGCCCAGUCCUUGGUCUCUUGUAGGUAUUGCAGGAAAGGGGGAGGGAUGCCCGACACAUUUUAAUCACACAACAUACUUGAAUUAUACCACAACAAUCAGUAGCAGCCAGUGUGUGUCACAAGGUGGGGCUGCCCUCCUGGCAGCAGCGUUGUUGCUGCUUACCUGGACAGGGCUGAGGCAAGGUGCUGGUAAGGUUAGGGUGGCGUGGUUGCAUGGAUAGGACUGCCACGACUGAUCUGGCCCUGACCAUGGGUCGGCAAACUAAGGUCCGUGGGCUGGAUCAGGCCCAAUUGCCUUAUAAAUCCAGCCCGCGAAUGGUCUGGGAAUUGCCCCGUGGAUUGCCAGUGCGCACAUUCUUUCCCUCUCCCUCACACGGCAGAAGCGCCUCCUCCUCCCUUCCUCCUCCUGGCUUCUCCCCACCCUGCCUAGAGGAGGAAGGGGGCUGGGCUUUGUUGGUGCCAGCCCUUCCCCAGAGCCCUUUUGUGUGCCACUCACCUUUGUCAGGCUGCAUUUUAAUAUUUUAAUGUUGUAUUUUAAUCUUGUUUUUUAAGUUGUAUUUCAAUCAAUUGUUUUUAUAUCGGGUGUUAGCCACCCUGACCCCGGUUUUGGCUGGGGAGGGCGGGGUAUAAAUAAAUUAUUAUUACUAUUAUUAUUAUUGUUGUUGUUGUUGUUGUUGUUACUAUUAUUAUUAUUAUUAUUAUUAUUAUUAUUAUUAUCAUUAUCAUCAUCAUCCCUCCACCGCAGCUGCCAGCCCCUGCUGCUCGCAAAACACAGGAGCCACGGUUGGCUGAGCGCCCCUCUCAAGUGGCCACCAUUUAAAGCAGAGCCUCUUCGGAACCCUUUCACGCACUGCUCAUCAUCCCUCGUUCAUAUUCCCCCCCCCAAAAAAAAUAUAGUCUGGCCCCCAACAAGGUCUGAGGGACAGUGGACCGGCCCUCUGCUGAAAAAGUUUGAGGACCCCUGGCCCUGACCUUGCCAUUGCUCUGCCUCCGUCCCGUCCAGAUAAACAGCAGUGAUAUAGGCGUUGGGAAGGUCACCCGAUCACACGUGUCACUAUUGGCAUGAGUAAAUGUAUGUCGUAAUUUACACAGCACUUAAAAGGUAAAGGUAAAGGUACCCCUGACCAUUAGAUCCAGUCACGGACGACUCUAGGGUUGCGGUGCUCAUCUCGCUCUAUAGGCCGAGGAAGCUGGCGUUUGUCCGCAGACAGCUUCCAGGUCAUGUGGCCAGCAUGACUAAGCUGCUUUUGGUGAACCAGAGCAGCGUACGGAAAUGCCAUUUAUCUUCCCGCCGGAGCGAUACCUAUUUAUCUACUUGCACUUUGACGUGCUUUCAAACUGCUAGGUGGGCAGGAGCAAGGACCGAGCAACAGGAGCUCACCCCGUUGCGGGGAUUUGAACCGCCGACCUUCUGAUCAGCAAGCCCUAGGCUCUAUGGUUUAGACCACAGCGGCACCCGCUUACGCUGUGUAAAUGCUUUCUUUCAGGGAGGAGCAGUAGCUGUUCAGAUGGCUGUUCAAGUGAACAUCAUUAAAUACUUGUUGUUUGUACAAAAUAAAGAAGAAAAUAUGCGCCUACAAAGGUAAGGACGGGCCGGAGAGAUAUUUGCUUAAGCUGCAUGGGUUUUAGGGCUCCAGAAGGUGGGUUCCCAGACCACCUCCCAUAUGUGGCCCAGUGAAUCUAGCUGUACAUUCACAGUGCCUCCCAAUGCUUGAAAGCCAAGGAGCUGUUUUGUAGUCUUUCACAGGGAGAUACUGUGGAACGCAAGCUGGUGUUGAAUUCCAACCCCUGUCAGCCCCAGCCAACAUGGUCAAUGGUCAGGGAUCAUGGCAGCUGUACUCAGCGGUGCAGCUGGGAAUUUUUUAUCCCAUGGACUUAUACCCUUACAGGGUAAGGGGUCUCUAGAUCAGGCUUCCUCAACCUCGGCCCUCCAGAUGUUUUGAGACUACAGUUCCCAUCAUCCGCGACCACUGGUCCUGCUAGCUAGGGAUCAUGUGAGUUGUAGGCCAAAAACAUCUGGAGGGCCGAGGUUGAGGAAGCCUGCUCUAGAUGGUCACGUGUAUUACGUCGGCUGUGAAGCCCUACAUAAAAAUACAGUGGUACCUCGGGUUAAGUACUUAAUUUGUUCCAGAGGUCUGUACUUAACCUGAAACUGUUCUUAACCUGAAGCACCACUUUAGCUAAUGGGGCCUCCUGCUGCUGCCGUGCCACCAGAGCACAAUUUCUGUUCUCAUCCUGAAGCAAAGUUUUUAUCCUGAAGCACUAUUUCUGGGUUAGCGGAGUCUGUAACCUGAAGCGUAUGUAACCUGAAGCGUAUGUAACCUGAGGUACCACUGUAAAACAACAAUGGUGCCGCACCUCUGUGAGUCGUUGCAGGAAGCUCCACCAAUAAUUAGCAUUAAACUGGAGAGCAUACUUCUCUUCUCAGUGUGCAGAUGUAAAACAGAAGCUCCAAGAGGGAGACAUGGGUUGGAUGAGAAAUCCAAAAGAAGCACUGGAGAAUGGAGAGACGCAGAAUGCCUCUGCGUUCCCAAUAGUGGGAAAGGAGAGCUGAAAAUAAUGCAAAUAUAUUUCACACCUGGCAACCAAUGCACCCAUUGGAUUUCAGAUAGUACAUGGGUAGACGAGUUGAAAAAGCCCAGGACACAAAUUUUCACAUCCCUCUAGUGGUUAUAUGGUGGAUCAUUUACCAGAUGUAAUGUAUUCAGUGUUAACUCUGGAAGUGAAUACUCGAUUCUGACCAAAUUAAGCCUCCUGAUGUAUAUUUUGCUCGAUCAAAUGGGGUCUGCUUUUGCUGCCCUGAUGGUAAGCACAUUUACUUAGGAUUAAGCAGCCUUGUCUUGUAGAAAAGGAUAAUAUACGUUCAAAGUAAAAAUAAAUAAAAUGAGCAUCUAUAGCAGGCAUCAGCAAACUCUGGCCCUCCAGAUGUUUGGGAUUACAAUUCCCAUCAUCCCUAACUAACAGGACCAGUGGUCAGGGAUGAUGGGAAUUAUAGUCCCAAACAUCUGGAGGGCCAGAGUUUGCCCAUGUAAAUCUAUAGCUGUGUAAAUGCCUGGCUGCCCCACUGCUGACCUACAAAAAGUAAGGAUGCUACAGUGAUGAGUGUCAGCCCUGGUGGGCCCUAGCAUGGCAUAGCUGUCAAGCAUCCCUUAUUUGGCGGGACAGUCCCUUAUCCCAGCGCCAUGUCCCGCUGCUGUCCCUUAUUGAUUAUGUCCCUUAAAUAAGCUACUGAAGGUAAUGGGGCCCUUUCUAUGUCCAGCUGUCCUUUGUCAACAACAAAUUGUUGCUGGUUUUUUGUGUGUGUUGAAUAUAUGCUAUAUGGUAAUUUAUGGACCUAAUAGGUAUCUAAAGCCAUUUGCACGCAACAAAAUAUGUAUUUUAUCAAAGUAAUUGUUGAUCCCUUAUUUUGGCUGCUGGUCCCUUAUUUUCAAAUCUGUAAGUUGACAGCUAUGUAGCCUGGCUGUGCCCAGGUGUGAAUGCCUUGGACUGUUUGCUACUGCAUUUGUCACCUGGCACUCUCUGGGUGGUCAUUGGGGUGGAAUCCUGCACUGCAAUGGCCUGGGUUUAGCCCUGUGGUCCAGCCCUAGCUGCACCAUUGUCAACAAUGUCUUGGGGCUGACAGUUUUCCUGUUCCUGGACUAUGGAUUGCUAGCAUCUCUCUCUCUCACAGUCUCUUUUUCUAUCUGUCUUUGCAGUUUAUGUGAAAUAAGCCAAAAAGAACAAGAAAAGGCUCUUGCAGCAGCCUUGGCUGAUAUUCUGUGGGUAGCAGGAGAAGGUCAGAAAGCUACUGUCUGCCUUGUCACCAGUGAUACUUAUUUUACUCCCAGUAUAGACUACAAAGCGGAUCACUUUACUGAAAGAGUAAGUAAGAGAAGCUAUGCCAGUGUGGUGUAGUGGUUAAGAGCGGUAGUCUCCUAAUCUGGGGAACCGGGUUCGCGUCUCCGCUCCUCCACAUGCAGCUGCUGGGUGACCUUGGGCCAGUCACACUUCUUUGAAGUCUCUCAGCCCCACUCACCUCACAGAGUGUUUGUUGUGGGGGAGGAAGGGAAAGGAGAAUGUUAGCCGCUUUGAGACUCCUGAAGGGGAGUGAAAGGCGGGAUAUCAAAUCCAAACUCUUCUUCUUCUUCUUCUUUAAAAGACACAAUAUUUGCAAGGGGGAAUUGUUGGGUUUGAUUCUAAAAACUAAGAAACAGAAAACCCCCAGAAACACGAGGACUGUUGUAUGUUGUGGUACAAACAACAAGCACAUAAAGAUCCACUUCGCAGCCAGAGACUGGCUGAGAUGUGCUGGCCAAGAAAAACCAAAAGCAUUGUGUGAAUCGAGGUGCUAUAAUUCUUUCUUUUAUCAGACGCCGUAAAGAGAACCAAGGAACUCCGAACACAGAGAAAAUAAGUUAAAUUUAGCAUAGUUUAUUGAGCUAUCCUAUGUGUGCAGUUAAAUAUCUUGAGGCCUGACCAGAUGUUUCAGUGAAAGUAGAUCAAUAGAGUAGUAUUUGGGAUGGGUGCCACAUGUAAUGUGAUCAAACUGGUCUGUAACCCAUUAGUCUGUGUGUGGAAUCUCUGGGACGAAGAUUUUCAUAUUCAAAUCUCCCAAGCAGACACAAGGUAAAACAGGUUUUGAUGUAUAGCUCAAUGAAAAUGUUGGCUCUGGGCUCAUCCAGAGGACCUAUUUAUUGAGCAUUCAUCCAGAUUUGCUUACACAAAGCUUAUGCAGCUGAAAUUCUACUCAGUCUUUACUGAGCAUUUGUUAGUAGUUGUUUGCAGGGAGAUUAUACAACAAUGAGAAUUCCUCCUGCAUUCACCCUGACUUGGCUUCAGGGUCUUCAUAUGUCUUCCUGUUUAUCAUUUAUUCAUCCCAAACUUCUCAGUGCAUUUCCCUGUUACUUUCCUAACCACGAAAAUAUUUUUUUUUCCAUUGUGCUUGGGCAACAGAGCACUUCUAUUGUGAAAAUCUAAAUUUCCCAGAAUGCACCCGAAUCCCUCCUAUAAUAUGGCACCCCUAGAAUGUGGCAACUGUAGAAAAGGCAAAUUAGGAAAGGAAUUUUUUUUUUAAUGCAACUACCAGCAUUGUCAUGCCUUUCUAGAAAUCUAUGGACCUACCACAAUCGAAAUCCUGUGUACGGUUCUGGUUGCCACAUCCUAAGGAGAAUAUUGUGGGUCUGCAAGAGUGGAGGAAGGGGAGACCAGCUGGUACCAAUUGGGACUGGUAGGUCGGAGGGCAGGGCAACAGGUAAAAGCAGAGCCGAUGACAGGUGCAAACAGCUGAUUAUUGGUUUUGUCCCCAUCCUCCUCCCUGUUGAUUAAGGAGGAAGAAGCUUGAAAUAUACUCGGAGUCGAGAGUGGAUUUCAUGCUCUUUAUUCAGCUCAUAGUGGUGAGGAGGAAUGGAAGUUCCCCCAGAAUGUCUGCUUUAUAUACAUUAUUUACACAAUGGGCCCCACGUGAUUGGCUAAUUCCAGAAUUCUCCUGUAGGCCAAUCAGGUUGCGGAUUCACUUCCACCUGGAGCUGGAUUGGGUGGCUCCUGUGGACCAAUCAGACUGCUGCAUUCUGAAUCCUAUUGUUCUAGAACCAAUCAGACUGCUGCAUUCUGAAUCCUAUUGUUCUAGGACCAAUCAGACUGCUGCAUUUUGGAUCCUAUUCAACUCAGUACAUAACAAAGCUGAUAGGAAGUGUCUGGAUUGGCUACUAGUAUGGAGGCAGAGAGGUGCAGGCUGGCGAAGAGCAAGCUGAAGAUGGAGGGGCAGUGCGCCAUUUGCUCUGCUAGACCAACCUGCACUAGGGGAAGCCGACAUUAUUAGGGGACUGAAGCAACGCUUUGAGGAAGUAUGAUGGCUAGGGCAUGAGUAAGAAUGGAGAAAGUAAAAAGAGGGAAAGCUCCCUCUCUCAAGAUACCAGACUCUGGAGUUAUCCAAUGAAGCUGAACAGUGGGAGAUUCAGCAGACACAAAAGGAAGUACUGGCACCAAAUUCGCUACCAGAUGUAAUGAACAUCCAUUUGGAACACCAGGGCUCUCCUUCUGUCAUCCACCCCUCCUUCCCAACUUGCUGUAAUUAUUUGGAGCUCCAAGGCAGUCAGGGGAGGAGAAGAGAUGACAGGACCUGGGAGGGGACAGGCAGGAGAAGUAAGGACUGCCUUGUCUCCUGCCACAUUGGUACGUUUAAUAUUUCCCAGCUUUGAAUAUGGCUGCCUUGACCCUUAUUCCUCCAUCCAGCCAUCCCUGCACUCCGCUCUAUCUCUGGAUGGCACUAGAAGGUCCAAGAGAACUCAGGUGCAGAUACACGCAGGUACUGCCUGGUUCUAAUGCUUCAUUAUCUCUGUGCAGUAAGGGAGCUGGAGAGCACAGAGCCUUGGCUGAAAGCGAAGCAGUCAGAGUCGUCUUCACAGAGCUCAUGUAUAUGGAAAAGUCUGUUCAGGACAAAAUUAAAAUUAGGCUAAACUGUGCUCUUGUUUAAUAGAGAUGAAUGAUGUGAUUACUGCACCACCUGACCAGUUUUCCAAAAUUUUAUUCCUGUGUUGAUGGAAUUCUUAAUGAUCAUUUCGCAGGUUCAGCUGUUUGACUUUUUUGAGAAGGAAACAGCUCAGCAGUUCCUCUGCGAUCACAUACACUGUGUAAGUUUGGGGGGGGUAUGCAGUGUCUUUACAAAUGUGUACUGGUGGCCAAGUUUUAUGUGGCUUUUAACAGUACCUACAGGUGGAACUGCACACAUGCCAGUUUGCUCAUACCUUAGUGCAGCACUGUGUACAAUGGGGAUUAUUUCAUUUCAUUUUUUCAUUUCACUUUUAAUUAGUAUACCAUCUUUCUAUUUCACAACACCCAAGGCGGUUUACAAGCUGAAGAAACAAGGAAUGUACACCUUAUAACAAUCUAAUGCAAUACAAAAAGGUGAUAAUAAAACAUAACUUUAAAAUAAGCAACUUGUAUAAAAUAAGGUAAUAUUCAACAAUCCGUUAGAAUAGCAUUAAAUAUCAGCAUAUAAAAAUUAAAUAAAUCCACUCUUAACAAUUAUAAUAAAUAAUUUCCAAUCUGUAAUCUAUAAAACAACGGCAAGUCACAGUGCAUAAAAUAAUACAAUACAAAUCGAGAAGCAGAGACUGGAGGGUGAGUCAAGGCGGGUGGAAGAAGGCCUUGCCUGAUGAAGUCUCUCCCCUCACAGUUCUAGAUCCAAAGAUUCAAAAAUUGUUCUGAAUCUCAUUCUUCAGUAGAUGUACUCUCAGAUGGCUGUAAAUGGGGCUGCAGUCUUACUUGUCUUAUUAUGCAAUGUUGUAAAAUGGAUCCAUAUUUUGUUCUGAUCCAGCUUUUGGCUAAUAAACCUCGACUGCAUUUUGAAUUGCCUCAUGCAUUUAGCACAAUGUUCUUUUCCUCAGCUCAGUCACGACAGAUAGGUACAGCAGGUGGGACCUGCAACAAACUGUUACAGCGUGGAGUGCUGCUGUUUAGGAAGCCAGUCGAUGUCAGUACGCCUUUCAACCGAUGUGCAGCGACUGGGCUCAAUAACUGGUUCUGCCCCGACUCGGCUAGGCGACUGGGGCACUUUCAGAGACCUUCCAAUCCCGGAAAGCAGGUCCCAGUGCCCUGGACCCACAAAUGUGCAUUGUGAGCACCAGACUCACGCAGAGUAUAAAUAACCUGGAAGCUAGCUGUGAAGCAUAACUCCUUUUAUUUCUAAUAGCUGCUACAAACUAAUGAACUACUGGCUUGCAUGAGUGUUACAUCUAGUCACUCAGCCAUCUAGUCACUACAUAGAUAAGACUCUCUCCACACACAGAGUCAGGCAGUCAGUCAGGAGUAGAAGAGCAGUUUACGCCCCCUCCUUUCUCAAAACAUCAGAUUAGGAGAUUCUGUCAAUGGGAGGGGUAAAAAUAUCAACAGUCCCUCCCUUCUAUUCCCCCUGUUUUCUGUUCUCUUCCCCACAAUUUCAGCCAGCAUUCCGUGGCCAUUGAGCAUGCUCAGUCCUUAUUGGGCUUGGGCUUUUUUUCCUUUGCCUGUACAUAUUAUCUGGACUGGGGUUCUGCACUUGGGUCGCCCCCUCCCUUUGCCUGUACGUAUUUUCUGCACUGAAAAUCCUUGGGGGUUCCCCAAACACAGAAACCUAGAAAGCUGCCUUAUCCUGCGUCAGACCAUUGCUCCAUCUAGUUCAGUAUUGUCUACACUGAUUGGCAGCAGCCCUCCAGGGUUCCAAGCAGGAGUCUUUUUCCCAGCCCUGCCUGGAGAUCCCGGGGUUUGAACCCGGGAGCUUCUGCAUGCAACACAGGUGCUCUCCCACUAAGCUAUGGCCCCUUCCCAGCUGAUGUCUUUCUUUUGUGUGUGGGUGGUGCCAUUCUGGCUGAAUAAGCAACAACACUCACAGCCUGAACACCAGAAAUCAAGGGGAGGCUCUGAAGAUCUGUGUCAACAUGAACCUGAGCAGUGGUGGACUUUGGUAAUAUGGGGCUUGAGCAAAGACAAAAUCCCCACCCCACCCCAGUUCUUAUUUCCAUAAUAAUUCAUUUUGGUACAGUUGUUUUUUAUGGAUCUUCUCAGUAGCUACCCGUAUAAAUAGGGUGUUGUUGUUGUUGUUGUUAUGCACACCCUUGGCUUGGUACCCUGUGUGAGGAAACUACCUGCGCUGCCCUGAAUCUGAUGCUGACCUAAGUAACAUUCAUCCUUCUCUUCUAAUCAGCUGAACUGUGAAGGAAGUCAUGGAGUGAUUCUAUUUCUGUACAGCUUGCUUUUCUCAAGGACAUUUGAAAGGUAACAAAAAUGUUCCCCUGCUUUAUCAAUACCUAGAUUUAAAUUAAGCAAUAAGUCGCUGCGUCAUCCUUUCUUUCUUCUUAUCUUUUUUUAAUUUAAGAAUAGUUUAUUUGCCACAGCAUAUAUUUCAAACAUUCUCAUAACCUUAAAAACCAUAAAAUAACAAGUCAUGUGCUCCAACCUCAUUAAAAGGAAGGGAUACAUUAUAUCUGCAACAAUUUGAAAGGUUCAAAUGUAUACUUCAAGUAUUCCAAACUAUGUUACCCACCCCAAAAACUACUCCCCCAUGUGCCUCACUAACUGUGUGUUCAAUAAAAUUGGUCUCUUGCUACCUGCAAUUUCCAUGUUAGCUCUUCCAACAAAGCUGUCUGCCAGACCGCUUCAUACCACUUAUACAUGAUCAACAGUUGCAAUGUUUUUCAUGUUCUGACUAUGGUCGUUCUCGCCGCAGUCAAUAACUGGGUUAUAAGAUCUUUAUUUCUAAUUCUUGGCGAGUCCUGACUGUACAAAUUAAGCAAUGUCAGUCCUGGGGACAUAGGAACUGUCUGCCUUGUAAUCAAAGAUAUCUCUGCAAAGAUAUUUUCCCAGAAUUUUUCUAUUUUUGAACACUCCCACCACGUAUGUGUGUUUGUUCCAAUAGUGGGACACCCUCUCCAACACAUAGGGGAGCUGUUGGGUUUUAUAUGUUAGACUUCUAGAUGUUAAAUACCAGCAAUUUGCGAUCUUGAGGACUCUUUCUCUUGUCAUUGCCGAAAUAAUUUAUACAGGGCUUUGAUCAACAGCCCAUUCCGUGCCUCUUCCUCAAUUUCUAAAUCCCAGUUUGAUUCCCACCAUUCUCUCAUAUUAUUCUGGGGAGGGAAAUAUGCCUCUAUAGUUGAUAUAUAGAGGGAUGAUAUUAAUUCUUUCAUUGCUAUAUUUUCUUCUACUAUUAUUUUUUUGUAUGUGGUUAUUAAUACAGUGGUGCCUCGCAAGACGAAAUUAAUUCGUUCCGCAAGUUUUUUCUUCUUGCGAGUUUUUCGUCUUGCGAUGCACGGUUUCCCAUAGGAAUGCAUUGAAAAUCAAUUAAUGCGUUCCUAGGGAAACCGACUUCAGACCAGGUCCGGGGACAGUCUGUCCCCGACCUCUUCUGAAGGCUGGGGGGGGCAAGGGCUUUUCUUCCCACCCACCCCAGCAUUUUAAAAAACCCCGGGACAGCGGAGGGCUUCUCCGCUGUCCGGGGCGAUCUUAAAAUGCUGGCGGGCGGCAUUUUAAAAUUGCCCCGGGACAGCGGAGGACUUCUCCGCUGUCCGGGGCACAUCAACAGCCCCUGGGAAGGCAGGCCGGGGGGGACAAAGACUUACGCCCCCCGCCAGCCUUCAGAAGAGGUCCUGGACCUCUUCUGAAGGUUGGCGGGGGGCGAAAGUCUUUGUCCCCCCCCCACCUGCCUUCAAAAGCUGUCCAGCCAAGGCUUCGCGGACCUCUCCGCAAGCAGCGGCAGCACUGCCGCUGCUUGCGGAGAGUUGCCGGCAUGCCGAAGCCUGCGCGUGCUGAGAUCAGCGCGCCCAGGCUUCGCGGACCUCUCCGCGAGCAGCGGCAGCGGUGCCGCUGCUUGCGGAGAGUUGCCGGCAUGCCGAAGCCUGCGCGCGCUGAGAUCAGCGCGCCCAGGCUUCGCGGACCUCUCCGCGAGCAGCGGCAGCGCUGCCGCUGCUUGCGGAGAGUUGCCGGCAUGCCGAAGCCUGCGCGCGCUGAGAUCAGCGCGCCCAGGCUUCGCGGACCUCUCCGCGAGCAGCGGCAGCGCUGCCGCUGCUUGCGGAGAGUUGCCGGCAUGCCGAAGCCUGCGCGCGCUGAGAUCAGCGCGCCCAGGCUUCGCGGACCUCUCCUGCCUUCAAAAGCCGUCCGGGAUAGCAGGGAAGCGCUUCCCGCUAUCCCGGACUGCUUUUAAAAUGCUGGCGGUGGGGUGCAAAGCCUUUCGGCCCCCGCCCGCCGUCCAGGACCACUUCUGUAGGGCGGUGGGGGGGGGAAGGCUUUGCUCCCCACCGCUAGCAUUUAAAAGAGGUCCCCGGAGAUUUCCCUAUGGGCUUUCGUCUUGCGAAGCAAGCCCAUAGGGAAAUUCGUUUUGCGAAGCGCCUCCAAAACGGAAAACCCUUUCGUCUAGCGGGUUUUCCGUCUUGCGAGGCGUUCGUCUUGCGGGGCACCACUGUAAUCUCCCCAUUAAGUUGUUCUUUAAGUUAUUAUCAUUAUGGCAGAUACCAGCAGGCAACUGCCCUCGCUGUGCAGGCGAUGUCAGCAAAGCAGCUUCUUGGACACUAGUUUCUAAGAUUUCCUGUGCUAAGGAUCUACAGUUCCCAAGUCUCUGAUCCCAGGGAUGGAGGAAGGGGGCGGUGGGGGGCGGUCCGGCCCAGGUGUUACCGCUGAGAGGGGUGACAAAAGGGCGGGCGGCACUCACCGCGGGGCCUGCAGCGCGCCUGAGCCACGUGUUUCUCCUGGGAGUGACGUGGUGGCUUGGGCGCCCACGGGCUCUGCGCUGCCCCAAACAGUCCGCCCACCACGUCCCCCUCAGCUGUAGGGUGUCUGAGUGGGAGGAGGCAGGCAGACUCCUCGGAGGCCUUGUGGGGCGUCCUGCCCCGGCUCGCCCCAGCCCACGGGCAACUGGCCCUGCCCCCACGGGCAGUUGGACCUACCCUUGGGUGCAGGGUGCGUGCACCACUCCUGGUGCCCAAUCGGCUUGCUCCGCCACUGCCUGAUCCAUGCUGCUAUUAAGUGUCCCGCUAUUAAGUGGAACCUUGGUUUUCAAACGUAAUCCGUUCCAGAAGACCGUUCGACUUCUGAAAUGUUCGGAAACUGAAGCAUGCAUUUCCGGAAGCAUUUACUUACAGAAAACUCAAUACGGAAGCCGUGUGGCACGUUCGGGUUCCAAAAAGCAUUUGAAAACCAAAGCAGUUAUUUCUGGGUUUUGGGCGUUCGAAAACCGAAACAUUCAACUUCCAAGACUUUCGAAAACUGAGGUUCCACUAUACUAUACGCAGUUGCUGCAUCUCCUCUGCAGGCAGAUGUGCUGUUACAUUCGCUGCUAAGUCCUUCAGCUCCUGCCGUGACUUGGCAUAGGAGUUUCUGGGUGAAUCAGUGAGGCAUAUGCUGCAAAAUGAGGGUCUCAAGCGAGCAGUGAUUCUAUUGCCCUAUGUGGUGAACCCAGUUCCCAAUCCUCAGGCUUCCUCAUUGAAAGCCAGGCUGAUGUUGUGACCAUACCUGCUUCAUUGUAACGUGCCCCCCCCCCACCAAAUCAGAGAUGUUGCUUGCCAAAGGGGACUGGAGUGUGCAUGUGUUGUUUCAUAUUUUGAUGGAUAGUUCCUUAUGUGGAGUGGUAUUGAGGAUAAUGGGUUCUCAUGAAGACGCCUUGGAUUGAAAAUCAAUUGGGUAUGUUGUAGGAAUUUUGAACUCUGCAGAAAUCUUUAAAAGACUAAAUUCCAAAUGUUCAAGCCUUUCUGUGAUCCCUUGUUGCUCUUCCAUUGGGUGGUCUUUAAAAGAGCCUUUCAGAUUCUCCUCCUGGCCGCAGUUGUCUUUGGUUAAACCUUCUGAUUCCGGCCAGCUGAUCAAAUCCUCUGAGGAGGGUUUGCUUAAGCUAUUUUAAAUUCUCAUUAUUGGCGUCCUGUUGUUGUUGUUGUGAUGGCCGGUUGCUUUAGGGCUAGCUAAUAAUGGCGAUAUAGUUAAAUUUUUAAAAACUCAUGUUGGACAAACUCCCUUAGCAGUCAAGAUGGGCUUGGCACGUUGUAACAUUGUCGGGAUUCUGGGACUCCUGAAAGAUAGUAAAACUUUCUGUGUUUGUUUGGGGAAGAUCAGGGACUCCACAUUAACCAGGUCUAUAUAACUGGCUUGCUCUCCUAAUAAAAACCUCAUGUGUCUUUUAGCUGAUCGAAAUGUAGACCAAGGCAGGAAUGUGUCUUUAUAGGUGCAUGUCAUAAGGCUGACUUUGUUUGCUUGCAGUACUAAAUGUUGCUGCUCUUUCAUUUCACUGCCAGACUUCUGGCUUGAGUUCUCUCGAGGUUUGGGACUCAUUUUUUGGUUUAUCUCUUUAGCUCAUGGGUAGUUAGAUAGAAUAGGUAUAUACCUUUGAAAUCCUGUGACUUCUUGAGUCGGAUCUCCCCGCUGAGUGUCCUCAUGACCUUACCAAUCAAAAUAUCCAUUUUGGAAUGUAGUAAAUUCAGCGUUUGACAAAUAAAAUCAAUUGUUUUAGCUGUCAUUAAAAUCAGCUCAGCCAGGUUCUCUGGGCUCGUCUCACCCUUUUGGGGUUCUGAAUUUGCCUCAUUACAAUUGCUGUUGGGCUCCCCAAUAAUGCUAAUUGGAUCUUCAUGUACUUCAGCUUGCACCACAAAGCGGUUAUGAAGGGGGGACUUGUGCAGACUGUUUAGCUGCUGGGGGUGAGUAGUCCUCAAUUUCUCUAAAAGGUUUGCUGGGCCCCAUGAGGAUCCUUCCCACCAGUUAGUGCACCAGAGGGUGAGAUUGAUUGCUUGUGAAAUGGGGACCACUUAUAAAUGCCAUCUCCAACUCCUCAAAAUAUUUCAUCAACAGUGUCUCCAAAAAAAUUUACACAUCACUUGGGAAGACAGGCAAAACUAAUGCCAGUGUACUGGAAGAAGCAAAGAUCACCAGUGUUGAAACAAUGAUUCUUCAACAUUAACUUCGUUGGACUGGUCAUGUUGUUUGGAUGCCUGGUUAUCGUCUUCCAGAGCAAUUACUCUAUUCUGAACUUAAAAAUGGAAAGCAUAAUGCUGGUGGUCAACAAAAGAGGUUUAAAGACUCUCUCAAGGCAAAUCUUUAAAAAUGUAGUAUAAACUCCAACAACUGGGAAACACUGGCCUGCGAGCGCUCCAACUGGAGAACAGCCUUUACCAAAGUUGUCAUGGACUUUGAAGACACGCGAAGUCAGGACAAAAAGGGAGACGCAUGCUAAGAGGAAGGAACGCUUGGCAAACCCUCACCAUGAUCAACUCCUGCCCGAAAACCUAUGUCUCCACUGUGGAAGGAUGUGUAGACCCAGAAUUGCCUCCACAGUCACAGACUCACUGUUAAAACCGUGUUGAUGGGAGACAAUCUUACUCGGCUACAAGGGAUCGCAGAAGAAGAAGAAGCAGAAGCAGAAGCAGAAGCAGAAGCAGAAGCAGAAGCAGAAGCAGAAGCAGAAGAAGAAGAAGAAGAAGAAGAAGAAGAGAGGGUGACUGGAAAUUACAGAGCAGCCAGCUUAAUAAAGCAUAGAGUUACUCUUGCAACAUUAUUGUUGUGUUUGAGUGGGCUGAACCUCCUGCAAUGUCUUAUCAGCUUUAGUAGUUGAAGCUAAAGCUGCUUGGGUGGCUGGGGUGUGUUUUGACUACUGACGGCUUUAUCGUCAAAGAAUGCUGAAUAAAUUCCUUUUGACAGCCAAGGCCAGGGAGGCCUAAACUUUGGACAACUGUAAGUCUGAGUAUAGACUGAGUGUAAGCUCCCCACCUCUGGAUUAUUCUGCAGUUACCAUCUUCAGUUCAACUAAUUAUUAGCUUAUUUAGCUUAUGUAGGUAGCAACUUAAAAUUUUAAAGAGGUUUUCUCACUGCUGCUGUAUUGCAGUUGCCAUCUUUGUAGUGUUACUUUUUAAAAAAUAUUUUGUCGCCAGCGGCAGGGCAGCUGGACCCUUACAAGGCUGGACUGGAUGAAUCCCAAGCAGGAAUUAAGAUUGCUGGAAAAAAUAUCAAAAACCUCAGAUAUGCUGAUGACACAACCUUGAUGGCAGAAAGUGAGGAGGCAUUAAAGAACCUUUUAUUGAGGGUGAAAGAGGAGAGCGCAAAAUAUGGGCUGAAGCUCAACAUCAAAAAAACGAAGAUCAUGGCCACUGGGCCCAUCACCUCCUGGCAAAUAGAAGGGGAAGAAAUGGAGGCAGUGAGAGAUUUUACUUUCUUGGGUUCCAUGAUCACUGAAGAUGGUGACAGCAGCCAUGAAAUUAAAAGACGCCUGCUUCUUGGGAGAAAAGCAAUGACAAACCUAGACAGCAUCUUAAAAAGCAGAGACAUCACCUUGGCGACAAAGGUCUGUAUAGUUAAAGCUAUGGUUUUCCCAGUAGUGAUGUAUGGAAGUGAGAGCUGGACCAUAAAGAAGGCUGAUCGCCAAAGAAUUGAUGCUUUUGAAUUCUGGUGCUGGAGGAGACUCUUGAGAGUCCCAUGGACUGCAAGAAGAUCACACCUAUCCAUUCUUAAGGAAAUCAGCCCUGAGUGCUCACUGGAAGGACAGAUCCUGAAGCUGAGGCUCCAAUACUUUGGGCACCUCAUGAGAAGAGAAGACUCCCUGGAAAAGACCCUGAUGUUGAGAAAGAUGGGGAGAAGGGGACGACAGAGGAUGAGAUGGUUGGACAGUGUUCUCGAAGCUACGAACAUGAGUUUGACCAAACUGCGGGAGGCAGUGGAAGACAGGAGUGCCUGGCGUGCUCUGGUCCAUGGCGUCACGAAGAGUCGGACACAACUAAACGAUUAAACAACAACAACAACAACCAGAGCAUAAAGUUUUAGAAUGAAGUUGGUGUAAGGGUCAAAACUUAAGGAGAAAGCACGGGGUGGUUCAAAGCUACAAAGUGAACAUUUUUUACAAAGCCUUAUUUCUGGAGGAGAUAUUAGAAGUUAAUAGGAUUGGGGCGCAAUGGAGGGAAGACUGAUGGAACUGAGAGAUAUAAGCUCGUUCAUUUUGUGACCAGGCAUGUUCAAUCUACUGCAGGGAGUUGGAUUUGAUGAUUCUUUGGGUCCCUUCCAACUCUACAACUCUACAAUUGAUAUUUCUGUGCAACUCGCAAGCAUUUGAUCUGUCAUUCUUACUGUGCAGCAUAUCCAUGCAAGCUUUCAUUUGGCAGUGGUUUUGGGGGGGACCGCGUAUAAAAUCAUGCAUACUCAAGAGGAUUUGCUUUAAUAGUACUGGAUAUGAUGUUGACCUCAACUCUUGGAAAAGCAAAGUGUGCCUGCGUGCCUUCUUUCUUGUUUUCUUCUGUCAGGCAGGGUGGAGACUAGCAAACAGAUGGGCUGGUGCUGCCCACACCAUUUAAUUGAAAGUCCAAAUUGGCCUAUGGGCCCUAAAAAGGAUUUGUGGCCCCUGCUCUAACCACUACACCACACUGACUGUCAAACCCAUCCUGUGCUGUGGAAACACUAUGAGAACAUCAUCCAGUGCUUCCCUGCCCUCCCACAACAGCUGGGUAUAGCAUAUUCAAAUGCAUCCCUGUAACAUAGUCAUCCUGGGAUAGUUCAGUUGGUAGAGCAUGAGGCUCUUAAUCUCUGGGUCAUUGGUUCAUGCUCCAUGUUGGGUGAAAGAUUCCUGCAUUGCAGGGGGUUGGACUAGAUGACCCCUUGUAGCCCCUUCCAACUCUACAAUUCUAUCAUUCUGUGAUCCCUGAGACUGUAAGGUUGUAUCCAAAGUUGUCCAAGCGGGUGGAAAGCUCAUGCAGGGUAUCUUCCCCACCCCCACCUCAAAAAGCCUCUCCAGAUUUUCAGGGGAACCUACAAAACUUUGGGGCUGGUGUCUUAUGGGGUUGCAGCGGGAGAGGGGAAUCCACCUGAAAUCAGAGUCUGGCGUUCUGUUAGCAAAACUCUGGCAAGCAGGUUGACAGUGAAGAGUGACUCACGGCACCGAGCAACAAUAGGGAACGCUAAUUUUGUCUUUGUGCUUUGGUUGGGUAGGCUGCAAAAAGACCUUGACUGUACCACAACUCAUCUGUUGCAAUGCAGGCUUGGAAGCUUCAUCUGCAGACAAGUAGGUGUAUCGGAGGGGGCGCAGCUGUGGCUCGUGGGGGUGGGUGGGUGUAAGCUGCCGUGUUCUCCCAGCAGCGGCACUGUGCUCGUUGGGAUGGAGAUGGGAUCAGAGGGAGGCUGUGGUGGGGCAGUCAGGGUGGCAGUGGUCCUGCGAGGCUGCCACUGCUGCUAACCCAGGGCUCUGCUUUUUUUUUUUUAGAAAAUCUUUAUUAAUUUUCACAUAUUAUAUAAGUUAUAUAACAUAUAAAACAGAAAAUGAUACAAAUAGAAAUGAUGAAAUAAGAAAAGAUAAAGAAACAAACAUAAACAAAUACAAUAUACUACACUUACAUGACACAUUAAAAUGUAUAACUUCCAAUAAUUCUCAUUAUACUACUUAUAUUAUCUGUAUUCCUUGAACAGAUUCAUAUUAUUUUAUAUAUAUAUAUAUAUAUAUAUAUCUCCCCACUAUUAUAUUUCGUGUAAUUCUUGGUUAACAGUAUCACUCUAUUUCUGCAAGUAUCUUAUUGUUCGUACAAUAUGUUUUUAAAUAUUCUUUGAAUAUUUUCCAUUCCCUAUAAACCUUCUGGUUUGGCACUCCUCUAAUUUUUCCAGUCAAUUUUGCUAGUUGCAGGUAUUCUAUCAUAAGUAUUUGCCACUCUGUAAUCGUUGGUAAGAUUUCAUUCUCCCAAUUUCUUGCCACUAUUAUUCUGGCUCUGCUAACCUUGCCACUGUCACUGUGGGAACGCCGCGGGCUGCGUCUCCCUGCACGAGGCAUCACUAUUGGACUUUAUUUUCUUUAAGUAAUGUUGUGAAGGCUGCGUGUCACCCCCAGUCUCUGCCUAGCAGCAGAGGUGGAGCUAGCUGCUCUGGCACCUGGAGCAGCAUGACCUGGGGUGGGGCUAGUGUCCCAGGGGGUGGGGCAAGCAUCCCGGGGGUGUGCCGCCCACGAUGAGCGUCCCAGGGGGCAGCGUCAAUGUCACACACACCCCCCCCCGGGAUGACACCCGGGGCAGCCUGCAUCCACCGCACCCACCUUGCUCUGCCUCUGUCUAACAGUAGCAAUAUUCCAGGGGGUUCCAGGCACUUACCCAGGGUUCUCUUUCAGUUGGCAAAAUCAAAGCACAAUGAAAGCUAGGGUCUUUAAGACAGGCAUCCCCAGCCUUUGGCCCUCCAGAUGUUUUGGCCUACAACUCCCAUGAUCCCUAGCUAACAGGACCAGUGGUCAGGGAUGAUGGGAACUGUAGUACAAAACAUCUGGUGGGCCGGAGGUUAGGGAUGCCUGCUUUAAGAUAUAUGGUUUAUUGUAUACCGGCUUACACCUUCAAAGGAGGGAGUGCAGAACAUUCCGACUAAACAUCGGGAAGAACUUUCCGACAGUAAGAGCUGUUCCACAGUGGAACCGUCCCCCUUGGGGGGCUCUCCUUCAUUGGAGGUUUUUAAGCAGAGGUUGGAUGGCCACUUGUCAUGGAUGCUUUAGCUGAGAUUUCUGAAUUGCAGGGAGUUCAGCUAGACCAUCAUUGGAGGGUCCCUUCCAGCUCUACCAUUCUAUGAUUCUAUUAUUAUAUGUCAAGAGUGUCUCCCGUUGCCUCUCCUUCCCAGAAUGGCUCAGUUGGUAGAGCAUGAGAUUCUUAACCUUAGGGUCACGGGUUCGAAUCCCACGUUAGGCAAAAAGUUUCCUGCAUGGCAGGAGGUUGGACCAGAUGACCCUCAUGGUCCCUUCCAACUCUGCAAUUCUAUGAUUGCUGAACACUGAGGAACAAGCCGCUCUUGAGGUCAGCUUCUGAUUCCCCACCUGAAAGCAUGAUCUGGGUCGUUUUCUCCUUUAGGCCAUUCUGAACAUCAUCUUAACAGGCAGAGCUUGUCCACACGUGUUUAAUGGGUUCCAGAAACUUGAGGCGGAAGGCAAUGUGCAAAAGCAGCUGCAUGGCGUCUUGUCCCGCAGUGAGGUGGGCUAUUUACACUGGAGCAAGGAAGAAGUGGAACAUUACAGAUUCCCACAGGUAAGGUAAACAUGCAAAUCGGCGCAUAGGUCUUUUCGGUGCAGGUAAGCAUUUGAGCUACAGGGCCAAACUACACGUAACAUUAGCAAUGUGUUUGAAGGAGCAUGCUUUACCUGGGCUCCUUUGGGAGGAAGGGAGGGAUAUAACACAUAAGGAUAUGUUUGGGUCCCAGUGUGGCGUAGUGGUUAGAGAGUCAAGCUAGGACCUGGUAUGUAGGGUUUUUGUGUGUCGCAAAUUCCUAGCAGCCAGUCGUUUUCAGUUAUCAGCUGGAUCAUGCUCUUAUUUAUAUUUGAUGCCUACCAUGGGAGGAAGUUUUUUGAAAAAGAUGAAGAUGUUGGUUUUGUUUGGGGUCUCUGUGUUUUCUUUUUAAUGCCUUACCGCACCAUGAGACUGUGAAUGAACUCUGCUCUCCCCUCCCUAGGUUGGCAGCAUGCUGAAAACUCCUAAAUUGCCUGUUUGGUUGUGCAACAUCAGUGGAACAUACAGCGUCCUUUUCAGCACUAACAGGCUGCUCUUGUCCGACUGGAAAAUGGAACACCUCUUUGAUUUGUAUUUUUAUAAUGGACAGCCCUCGCAGAAGACAACAGUGCAUCUAACAGUAGGUAGGCACUUACCUUUACUGAAAGAGAACUUUUCAAAUGAACACUCCUGACAUCUCUUCAAUUUUAUAUGUCCAUCAAUGCCUUUCUUCCCCACAAGUGAUACUUAAAUCCAUUUUGGUGUGUUUUGCAUGGAUCAAAUAUAUAUCUAUAUUUAACAAAAAAAAGUUCUGUGGCCUUGCCUGCACCUUCUGAGUUUUAAACUGGCAUACAUUUGCAUCCUGUGCCACAUUAACAAUACAUUCUAAACUAAAAUGUGCUUUAGAUAAGCAAACCUUAUGAAAACACCCAUACAAGCAACAGUAAACAGCACAAUAAGAGAGAGGGGGCAACUCUGAGAGCAGAUCUGAAAGGAGACUCCAGCAAUUAGGAAAGAGGAGAAGUACAGUCCCUGGGGGAAAUUCUGAAAGCAUUCUCAGUAGGGGAGAAAAUACCCCCAAUCGUUUUUAAGCUGUAUAAUCCAUUAAGAGCCCAGUUCUUCUUCUUCUUCUUCUUUUUACUAAGCACUCAGUGACCACUGAAUGUCAAGAAAGCCUCUAUGUUUUUAAGAUGUUUUAUCACUUGUGGUUUGCCACCCUGGGCUCCUCUGGGAGGAAGGGAGUGCUAUAACACAUAAGGAUAUGUUUGAGUCCCAGUGUGGUGUAGUGGUUAGAGAGUCAAGCUAGGACCAGGUAUGUAGGGUUUGUAUGUGUGUUUUUAAGCUGCAGACCCUGAUCCAGAGUGGGUCCGUGGAACAGGGAAAGUGGGGUAUAACUCUUUCCUCCUGCGUCAUUCCCCCCACAAAAGCCCCCCCCCCAAGCCAUCUUUGGGCAAUUUGCCCUUAUUUUGAGGCUGUGUUUUUUAACUCCAUUGUGUCCUAGAAAGAAAGAUACAGGAGCAUAUGGGGCCUGAUCCACAGGACGCUGCCAUAUAAUAUAUCAGUAAUGUCUACACUGGGAUGCGGGUGGCGCUGUGGUCUAAACCACUGAGCCUAGGGCUUGCUGAUCAGAAGGUCAGCCAUUCGAAUCCCCCUGACGGGGUGAGCUCCCGUUGCUCAGUCCCUGCUCCUGCCAACCUAGCAGUUCGUAAGCACGUCAAAGUGCAAGUAGAUAAAUAGGUACCAUUCCAGCUGGAAGGUAAACGGUGUUUCCGUACACUUCUCUGGUUUCACCAGAAGCGGCUUAGUCAUGCUAGCCACAUGACCUGGAAAAACUGUCUGCGGACAAACGUCGGCUCCCUUGGCCAGUAAAGCGAGAUGAACACCGCAACCCCAGAGUCAUUCGCGACUGGACUUAACUGUCAGGGGUCCUUUACCUUUUUUAAUGCCUACACUGACUGGCAGUGGGUCUCAGGGUUUCAGGCAGGAGUCUUUUCCAGUCCUGUGUGGAAACUCCAGGAAUUGCAUUUGGGGGCUUUUGAAUGCAAUGCAUGUCCUCUGCUAACUGACCUAAAGGCAGACAGCUGAAGCACAGGAGAGGCUGAGAGGCGUGAGAAACACCAAUGGCAGAAGCUUCCAUUUUGCACGAAACAGCGCGCGCACACAAGCUUCUUUUCUUUUUUCCUUUCAGACACCCAUUCUCAUCACUGGGAGGAAAAUCACCGUGAGGAGGACGGCGAUGCCGAAAAGCGAUUCCCUUCUGUGGAGAUGGCCAUCCGAACAAAGUGGGAGGGUGCUGCUAUCAAUUGGAACGGCGUGGUCCCCUUCUUCUGAAGAUAGCAGGUGCGGGUGCAGAGCUGGUCCGCAGACUCUCUUGCACGGAUCCUGCAGCCCAGACCUGGAGGAAGAAGAAAGGAAACUGCUACCAAUGGACAGCUCAAUGGGCCUGCCAGUUUGGACUUCCAAUCUGCAUUCGGUAAAUAAAUUAGCUGUGCUUAUGGGAUAAGCAAAAGACAAACUGUGCAACAUGUGGACACACAGAGAGAGAACGCUGCAAGCUAAACACAGAACUGAGAUAAAAUCGGAGUAUAGCAAGACAGUUUUACACACACACACACACACACUGCUGUGAACUUUUGCUUCUCCCACCAGCUGGGCCUCAUGGAAGGGUGCUGCCUGUCAUGGAAAUAUAAUUGGUGUGAAAUGACUGAGGUCAAUUAGGAAUGUUGGAAGCGACAGAACGAAGUCAUGACCCCACCGUUUCAUAUCUUCAUGAUGAUUUCUCCCUGUUGUUGAAAAUUAUUACUGUUUCUGUUGUUGAAUUUUUCUGCUGGCAGGAUGCACAGUCUGUAGCGUACAGAAGUCCCAGCCCAGAGUUCUUUGAGUCAGAAUGUCUGCAGUCCAUUCCUAAGAAGCAUAUACAUUUGGAAUUCAAUUUAAUUAAGUGGCAAUUACUGUGGCUGAGGAUGGGUGAAAGGGCACUUUAAACAUGACAAAUAUGUGAAUCGACAUAGAGAGAGUGAUGAGGUUUAACAGAUCAUGUGAGUCUAGCAGUUCAACAUGUGCUUUGAAAGGGGGGAAAUUACUUUUUUAAAACUUUUGGAGGAAAGGGAGGUGAUUCAGUGGGUUGGACAAGGGAGGAAAAAUGGAUAGGAUAAUUUAGGCAAAAAAGAUAGAGGUGUCCUUUUUCCUACAUCAAAUAAAAUCUAAGUAGCUAAAAGCUUGGAUACAAAUGUUUUUUUUAAAAAAGAAAAAGGUUUGUGAGAAACUUGCAAGAGAAACAUAAUACAAAUUAAGGGUGUGUCUAAGCAGUAUUUAAAACAAUUUGCACACAUGGAGGAAAAUGGAUAGCAAACCUUUUAAAGAAGUAAAAAGAACUUAAAUUGUUUUGUAAACUAGGGCAGAAAAUCAGUAGUGGCUUUGAAAAUCGCUAGAUAUGUUUUUCCCCUUUUGACCUCAAUAUAUAACAAGGGCACUG